CUAGAUAAAUUAUCGAUCUUAUAUAUAACUAUAUAAUCAUUGUUGAACUAAAUGCUACGCACAAUUUUACGUCGCAUUCAUCCAGUAUUACUUACAUCGUGAACGUACUUUAUUGUAAUUGUUUUGAGUCCUUGUGUUAAUUAAACACUAUGUGUAUUAAAGAUAUGUUAGUUGGCUUAAGUCAAUGGUUCUUAACCUGUGGUCCAAAGACUCCAAGAGGAUCGUAGAUAAAUAUCUGGUAAAAUGGAUUCCACUGAUAAAGAUUUAAGAAAACCAAACAAUAUAGAGCAGAUGGCCAUAAUUGGCAAGAUGCAUAAUUUGCAGUGGCUGAAAAGUAAUUCUCAGUUAUCAGGCCACACCAAAACAAUUCCAGUUGGAAAAGAAUCAGUAAAUAAUCCACUUGAAAGUAAAAUAAAUGAAGGAACAAAAAAAAUCAUUAAAGUUGUUUCAACAGUCAGUAUUACAAACAGUCCAGAGCUACAAAAGAAUGAUCUUAUUACAAACAAAAAUUUAGAUGAUAGUGGUACUAGUAUAAAUAAAACUACACAUCAUCCAACAUUAACAGUUGGUUUUUCUGAAUCUGAAAGACAAGAAAACAGUAUGGAGAAUACUUGGAAUAAAGAUGCUAAUGUAAUUAGUACAUUGAUUUCAAAUUCUCAGUCUGUGGCUAUGAAAAAAGUGGAUGAACAAGAGAAAACAAGCACAAAUUUAGCUGAGAAUAUUGUUACAGUUCAAUUAGAACAAUUUAGACUUAACGAAGAAAAAAAAAGUAAACCAAACAAGUCAUAUAACGAACCUAAUAGCGAAUGGAGUACUGUACCUCAUAAUAUUCCUGACUCUUCGAAGUUGGAUAGCGACAUAGGUAGUCAAGUUAGUUUGAAACAGUGUCAUGACAACAAUAACAAUAAUGCAAAAUCCAAAACUCAACCUACAUCCGAAGUAAAGAAAAGUAUACAAAGGCCGACUACAAAGAUUAGCGCUAAAAAAUUAAGCGAUCAAAAGAUUAAAAAACAAAUAGGAAAUUCUUUAAAAGAACCUUGCACCAUUUUAAAACAGGGUAGCAAAGAUAAAGAUGAUUUGUUGAAUUCGUGUAGUAGUGAUAAUAAAACUUCAGCCUCUGUAACAAAUUCAAAAAAGAUAGCUGUAGGAAUCGGUUCUAAAUUUAUUGAUAAAUGUGGUAAGGUUGACGGAUAUAAUAGGCAAUUAAACGGGGGAAAGAGACCACAAACAAAGGAGCAACAAUUUUAUAAACAACAUUUUUCUAUGCUUAACGAUAGUAAUAGCAGAAACAAAUCCUUUGUGGAAAGAUUAGAUGAGAAAAAUAAAUUUCUUACCACGAACAUGACAUCGUCUAGAAACGAAUCAGAUAAAAAAGAUAGCGAAAUAAAUGAGACAAAGAAGUGUCACAGAGUUCAAGUAAUACGCUCUCAAUCAUACAAUGUUCAAUAUAAUAGGAAUAAGUCGUUAAUAAACCUACAACAACGUUAUUUAAGAAAUUCAACCAAACCGGUAGAAGAGAAUUCCGUUAAAAGUAUUUCUGGUUCUAACAAUAAUAUUAGUAUAUCCGAUUCAAGUGAAAACGUAUCAAAGAAAAAAUGUGAAAAUCAACAGAAUGUUGCAAGUAAACAAGUGAAUAAUGUACAAACGAAUCAAGGCACUUCAGGAAAGAAUUCCGACAAUUUUAACGUUUCGGAAAGUGGUAUAAAUGAUAAAAGUUUACAAAAAUCAACGAGAUCUAUAUCAAGCAAAAGAAGUUAUCAGAAUUUAUCUCAUUUAAAGACUACUACCGAUAGAUAUACGAAAGAUGACCAAGGGUAUACGCAAAAAUUCAAGAAAGAUUCUAACGUUUAUAGACGUUCUUCGGACAUCUUGCAACCGUCUUUCAAAGAUCUAAAUGAAAAGGAAAAAGCAGACGAUCAUAAAAAGAAUGUUACAGAUAAUAAUUCAGGAAAGGAAUAUAAAAUAAAUCGUACAUCUUCGGUAGACACAAACAUGCGUUCUCAACUUGAAGACUCAAAAAUAACUAUAUAUCCGAAUAAGACAGUUAAUGGUGCUAAUAAUAUUAACAAGACUGAUACAUCGGAUUCAAGCACUGUAAAUACUGUACAGUCUGUAAAGUCAUUGAAUUCUUGUUCAAACAGUACCAAAGAUUCUACUACUAUAAAUACAUCUACUCAUACAUCGCAAGAACCACAGGUAUUGCAAGCUUCUUGUAAUGGAACUGAAGUACAAUUCGCGAAGACUGAACAAGAUGCUAGUAAUAAUAAUAGCAAUAAUAAAACAAGUGCUAGUAACUCCGAAACAAAAUCGGUGAAAUUUUCAGACAACGUUCAAGAAAUGAAUGUCGCAAUUCAUCCUACAACAUCCUAUACCGAUCAUUCCAUUCAGCAAGAUGUAAUUCCAACAAAUUCAUUUUACUCCAACUUACAAUUUCCGUUUAAUGCUCAAGAAAUGGAGAAUCAUCAAAACGUACAAAAUAAGAGUUAUUUUCAUCAUAGUAAUAAUGCUCAAUAUAGUAAUACGUCUGGCAACAUUCAGAAUUCCGAAAGGGAUUUAUAUCUGGUAGAUGCGAUCCAACACAAAUCAGAUCAGACGUCGCACGUCUCUCCUCAAAAUAUAUCGCCACACAACAAUUGUAAUCCGGCUAUUUCAAUAGGAAAUGGUUCACCCUAUCAAAAUUUGUCUCCGGUGUACUUAAAUCAAUACAGUAACAUGCAAACGGUACCAAGGAAAACACCCGACAGUACAAUCGUCUCUCACAAUGCAUUAAUUCCAAACAGCUUUUACACCGUGGCGAAUCAAAACAUCAUGCAAAACGAACCUUCCAACGUUCUCAUGCACAACACCCAGACUUCUUCGCAACCAUCGCCUGGUUAUCAUAAUCAUCCCGCAACCAAUCAACAUAAUCAGUGGAACGUACCGGUUCUGGACAUGUUACUCUUCGGAAACGUGAUGAAUUCUACGCAUCCCCUGAACAUGCAAGUUCAGAACUGCAGGCACGUAUGCAGCACGGAUUUCAAUAACAUUCCGCAAACGGGUUACCUGCAGCAUCCGCUGUUUUACGUACCGCCGGAAUGCAUGCAGAGCUGGAAUCCGCUGAUACAGUAUCCCGCUCCUCUGUUUCAAAAUACACCAUAUACCAACUGCAACACGUAUCCCAACCAAGUAUUGCCAUCGAACGCUCUGUCAGAUUCGAUAAAUUGUCCCGUUAACGUCCCCGGGAACAUGCAAGGUUGCAAGUCGAGCAACGUCAGGAUGAAAGAAAACACCAUGGACGUUCACACGAAGAACAAUCGUUACCGAGGCGCCGCGACGAACGAGUAUCAGAAUUGUUCCCAAAACGGCCAAGUAAUGGUACCAAUUUCGUACGCGGUCACAAUGGACCCCGUCGCGAGGAAUGGCCCCCCUAGCAUACACAUGCAAGUGAACCAAAAGUAUACACCGCACGCCGCGACCGCCGCCAAUUACCAAAGAAUGCCGGACGCCUGUUCAGCGUUCCAAAACAAUCAGGAGUUCGGGAACAGAAAGGAUAACGUAUCCAAAAACGAUCCUGAAUGUACACCGCCGAUGGUAUCGCCGCGGGAAUGCAUGUACUACGGAGUGAAUUAUUCGCGGAAGAUCGAUACCGUUCAGAAUCCAUCUUUGCGCUCGAUCGCGAAGCCCGUGUCUUACAUGCACACUGGGAAUUCCCAACAUUACCACGCACCUCAGUUUCAUAAAAAUGCGACUUACCAUCACGCAUCACCGAAGGAGCUCGCGUCCAGGGCAACCGUGAGCCGCGGCGUACGCAGAACGAUAGACCAGUAAAGGCAACAAUAACAGUAACGAGCAACAAUUACAUAUUUCUCGUGUCCAAGAUAAGAUUAUUGCAAUUACACAGCACAAAAUCGUUGCACGUUCACUUUACGAUAUCUCAUACGUUUCUAUCAUCGUUACCUUUAUAAUGUAGUAUAUAUAUACAUAUAUAUAUAUAUUUAUAUGUGUGUACGUAUAUCCGUAAAAGUCAGUUUUUUAAUUGAUCUACUUAGGACAUAUACAUUUUCACGUGCUACGCACUAAAUGUUUCGCAUCGUUAAACAUAGAUUGUCAAAAGUUGAAUGAAGCUUUAAAAGAAGUUUACCGUAUAAUAACUGCCAUUUAUCGGAAGUAUUACGCGUUAGCGCGUUUCGUUUUCCUCUCGUAACAGUGUGAAAGUAGCGAGUCUAUUUUCUAGAUUCUCUUCAGAUGUUUAUAAUAUCCGCAUUCACUAGAAAUCUGUGUUACUCGUUAUUUGGAUUCUAUGCGUACUUUUAAUAAUAAUAAUAGUAAUAUAAUAAUAAUAAAAGAGCGCUGCUUCCGAGAUAAAUUUCGC